CGAUUGCGCAUCGAGCGCGCGGUCGGCUGGGUACUCAGCGCGUCACGUGUCGAGUUAAACAAACUGUAAUCGUGAGACGAUCGUGGUACGCGUGUUGCGUUAUUAUGGGUCGCAAGAUACCGGCGAAGAAACACCGGGGUGUCAAGGACCCCGAGAAGCAGCGUGCCAAACGUCUGGCCGGGUUAGAAUCGCGCACGAAUGAUCCACCGAAGAACGUAGACGAGCAGGCGAUUCCCAAAAGUUUGGAGCACAUGAUUCGACUGAAGGAAGCCGCCAAGCACAGCGAUAACCUGAAGAAGAAACGAAAGAAGAAGAAGAACCCAUUGAUUUGCGUAGGUUCGCAAGACAACAAGGCGAAUCCUCAUCCAAACGCUCGACCGGAAAAAGUUGUGCCAGUGUUUCAGCAGAAACCAGAAGAAUCUAAACGACAAUUUUGGCAUCGGGUGAACAAGGAGACGCACGCGUUCCUCAAAGAGACAACGUUUGAGCAGAAGUAUGGGGUACAGGUGGAACGUGAUCCAGAAACUGGUCUAAUUCAAGGUCUGACAAAGUGCAAAGUUGACAAAGACGAUAUAGAGGGAUUACGUGCCAAGCAUAAAAAUAUAAGCAAGAAGAAGGUGACGACGGAGGGCGCGAAAGUCCUAACGAAGAAAGAAAAGCGCAAGUUGCAGUUGCGUCUGAAGAGAGAGAAAACGCGGAGGGGCAAGGAUGACGACAAUGAAUUUCAAAGAUUUCAGGACAAGGUGGCUUUCGGGGAAGUAGCUCACGCGCCUCCCGUAUUGAAGUUCAAGACGAAGGCGAUCAUUGGCGAGGAGAGGAAGCCGAAGAACUUGUUGCUGAAUUCGCUAUUGGAAGUACCUAAGAAAAUCGCUCCUGCUUCUAAAGCAAUUGAUCGCAGUGGGAAGAGGAAGAAAUUGCCUAUAGCGGAAAGGAGAAAAUUGGAGAGACAGCAACACGAAAUUAUCACCGCGUACAGGCAGUUUAAGUCCCAGCGAUUGGCCGACAUAAACAACUAGGGUACGUUGAGGAAGAUAUUGUCCGUUUCGGUUGUGCUUCUUAUGCUUCAAAUUUUCAUUUUGUUUUAUCUCUAUUAUCUUUGUAUAAUUCAUGUCGAUUCGUAUAAUUACCACCUAUACACAAUUUAAUGUUAGCUUUCGUAAUAAAUCUCGUCUUUAUUACAUGGGCUAACACAAAAAUAGAUAAUAUAAUACAUGUUCUCGUUAUAACCCACGGAAAUCGAUAUUUUGUGCAUAAGGAAUACACAGAUAUACAAAUUUCUUCCGUGAAAUUACAAAUUUGUUAGAACAAUAGAAAUAGUCAACGUU